AGUUUUGCAUAUGGUAAUAAAACAACACGGUAGGUAGUUUUAAAUGACUUUAUUGUUUUUCGAAGUAUUCUCCACGAAGAUUAAUACACAUCUGCAUGCGCUCGAACCAAUUUUCUAAGCACUUAUUCCACUCGUUUGCUGGCAGAUCCAAAACGGCAUAUUUGAAUGCGUCAACUGCUUCUUCUGGUGACUGGAACCUUUGACCACGCAUCUGUUUUUAAUUUUCGGGAAAGUAAAGAAAUCCUUGCAUUGUCUUGGUGGAGGAUGAUUCUUCUUUCGGAGUUGAUUUUUCGAAGCUCGGUCGUGACUUUUGGCAAACAAAUGGUGGUAUACCAAUCCGCAGUAACAGUUCUUUGCUUAUUAAGAGGAAUUGUUGCAAUAUGAACCGCUUUUGACACAAAUGUCGCGAACAUCUUUUUCGAGACACUUCGAGAACGGGUGACUUUUGUUGACUUUUCUUCACCUUGGAACACCCAAACAACCGCCUGUCGUUUAUUUUCUGGUUCAUAACAGUAAAUCCACGAUUCGUCACCACUAACAAUGCUGACACAUUUUUGACUUUCCGGAAUUGAAACGGUCAAGCGUUUUUUGACACCGAUUAACCCAGGCUGCUUUCUGCUCUUUAGUCAACAGGUGGGGUAUCAAACGAAAAACUAAUUUUCUUACUCGUAAUUCUUCAUGUAAAUUUUUUUGAAUUGAGGUCUUUGAGAUCUUCAAGGACGCCUCAAUCUCGCGAUAUGUCACAUGUCUUUCUUCAAUGAUGAGUUUGCGCACAGCAUCGACGUUUUCCUGGGUGACUGCUGUUUUUGGUGCACCCACCCUGGGAUCGUCGCUAAGACUAACCCGUCCACGUUUGAAUUCUCCACACCAACGGGAAAUUGUCGACUGAGGUGGCGCUUCGUUGCCGAAAACAGACAGUAACUCAGCAAGGCAUUCUUGUUGCGAUGAUUGUCUCUGAAAGUUGUAAUAAAUUAUGGCGCGAAAAUGUUCUCGGUUGAGUUGAAUUUUUCUAAUGACUUGGUGACACUUAGAAAUUCACUGUAAUGAGAACACUGCACGUAUUGUUGUGAAACUUUGAAUUUAAGUUUACUAAAGAGUGUAGGUUAAGAUUCAGUACUGACGUUCGAUCCGCGCGACCUACUAUGUUUCUAUAUGCAAAACUUAAAAGACAUCCCUCGUAUAUGGUCAGUUCUACGACGGUGAUUCCAACUUCUCUCAAUUAACUGACAGGUGGCCCCCAAACGUUAA